CGAACAAUUCUGUCAGUAAGUGCAGCUUACACUACUAACCAAGAACGCAGGACGCGAGAAACGGGGAGCUUACCAAGGGGGGAGAAGCAACGCUUCGUGGCUGUAUAAAAUGUCAUGUGUUUAAAUAUUAGAGAAAGGAGAGUACUCUAAAGACCGUAAGUCUGUUUUGUUUUAAAAUAUUCUUUGGCACGUUGAAGGAUAAACAACAAAAAUAACUCAGUUGAGCUGGAAAGGAAAAACGAAAUUUUAUACAAAUUAGACCUAGGAGAAACAACAAAAAACAUUAACCAGUUCAAGAAAACAAACGACCCCUGGUUCGAUGUUUCACCUCAAAAAGAAUAACGCACGUGAUAUCUUCAAGCUUCACUUAAUGCCACAUGUGACCCUAGCACUACUGAUGCUCAGUGGAGGAGCUUUGGUUUCAGCAGCUGGUAGAAUCAAACCAUCGCGUCACGAUUUCGCUAAAAGCGAGCUUACUGCGACACAAAAAGAAAAAUUUUUGGACGAACACAACAAGUUUCGCGGAAUGGUUGAUCCCCCAGCAGCAGAUAUGGAGUACUUGUUUUGGGACGAGGAUUUGGCUAAGUUGGCCCAGAUGUGGUCCAAUCAAUGUGUGUGGGAUCAUGGAUUUCUCGAAUUCGGUGAUGAGUAUCCCAACACUGUUCCCUUCAAAGGACAAGUAGGUCAAAAUCUGGCACGAGAGUGGGGAAAAUUACAAAAUCCAGAGGAUCGUGUAAUACGCUGGUACAAGGAGCACGAGUUCUUCAAGUACAGCAAGUUUGCGAGUCCACUGACAGCUGCUCAGUGUUCCAAAAAGCCAUGUGGGCAUUACACGCAGCUUGCGUGGGCCACAACAAGAUAUCUGGGAUGUGGAGUGAAAUGGUGUGACAAGGAAUUUGGCCAACCGCAUCCCUGGAUCCCUGGAGAGACAAUUGUCACUUGCGACUAUGGCCCAACAGGUAACGUAAUAGGACAGUACCCGUACAAGGUUGGUGCCCCAUGCAGCAAAUGUGCAUCUGGCAAAGGCUUUUGCUACAAAAAACUGUGUCGGGACUGCGAUAACUUUGACAGCGAAUGUGGUAAAAGGCUUACACAAGCAAUGUGUUCUUCCAGUCGUGAAUUAAUGGCUAAGAAAUGCCCAAAGAUGUGCAACUUGUGCGAGUGCCCAUUGAAAUGCCAACAUGGUGGAACAGUGAUCCUUCAAAACUGUGUUUGCUCAUGUUCUUCAGGCUGGAAGGGGACUGACUGUUCAGAGAAGGUAUGUCCUCCUGGCUUCUACGGUGAAAACUGUGAAAAUCGAUGGUAUGACGCCGCUGGGAAAGACACUUGUGAAUGGCGAGUGAGGAACGGACACAGCUGCAAAUUACACUACAUGAAAGUUGAUUGGGCGGCUACAUGUGGAUACUGUGAUGAAGGCAGCAAAGUCCCUACAACACCCCCCACAGUGACAACAGCCCCGGCAUCAACUGCGUCGAAACCGAAGUGCAAUACCGAUCUAAAUUCUCAAUGCGAAGUUUGGGCGGGAAGAGGCGAGUGUGAAAAAAACCCGCAGUGGAUGUCACAGAAUUGUUGCGUCAGUUGUACACAUCAUAAGGCACCAAAAGACUGCACGGAUGUCUCUCCAAGUUGCCCUCUGUGGGCGAUUCUUGGAGAAUGUGAAUUCAAUCGAUCAUGGAUGCUGCAAAACUGCAGAAAGAGUUGCAAUCAAUGCGGAGAUUGUGAAGAUACAGACGCAAAGUGCCCAUCUUGGGCUUUACUAAAACAGUGCAAGUCUGGGGGCAGAAUAUCUUGGAUGAACACAAACUGCCGGAAGAGCUGUGGGUUGUGUAGAGUUUAUGACAAACACGAGGAGUGUCCCGCCUGGUUUGCGAUGGAGGAAUGUAAAAAAUCGAACUGGACCUGGAUGGUGGAUCAUUGUCCACGAAGUUGUAACAUUCCUUUUUCAGAAGCCUCGUUUUGCGGUGGAAAAGAAAACGGUAACUACCAGGCCCCCACCACGUGCCAAGCAUACAUUGCAUGUUCACAUGGCGUCACGAGUCACGUGCAAUGUCCCUCAGGGAAGAAAUUUGACAAAGUCAAGAGAAUAUGUGAGCAAGAGGCUCAAGCCACCUGUUCUGUGGUUUGCCCGGAAAGUUUUUUAAAUUGAACAAACACAGAAAGGAGGGACAAAACUAAAAGGUCAAUACCUAUCGUAUAUUGACAAGAAAAUAUUUCAUGUGAAACAGUUAUCAGCUUUGUUGCCUGAAUGAAAUUAUUAGCUUCACCAAUGAACCACA